CAAACGAGGGAACGUCCGUGGGUUGCUGCUGAGUGAAAAUUGUUUGACAGGAGGAGAGGAGACCUGCGCUCGGGGACUGACACGAUAAGUUAGUUGUUGCAACACCGCAUCGGCGGGCAGCCUUUCGGUCAGCAGCGAGGCCAGCCCGGGAGCGACAAAUGAUUUGUCGGAGUCAAAGCAGCAACAGGGCACGGAGCGAAAUGUCAGCGACUGUUUCAGCCCCGAGCCGCGGAGAGCGCGACUAGUACACCGCAACGCGGAAAACAUUCAGCGCGCCGGAGAGAAUGCGAAUGGUGCGAAGAUACCGAAACCAAACAAAAUGGAAACCAUGUAGCAUCGCUCCAGCCUUCCAUAUAGCUAGAACUAACGGUAGAGUAGAGAGUAGAUAGCCAAGGAGCUAGCGCAGUAACUAACAUAUAUACAUGUAAAGUUAUUCCCCGGAGGAGCUACAGCGGAGCCCAGGCAGGAGGUGUCUGUUGAAUCAGAGGAGUUCAUCAGUGCGGACAGGAGGAAGAAACAAGAGGAUGCUUCGGAGGAGACUGAACCGCUUGUUUGGUGGUGAUGAGGGACGAGUUCACAGCAGAACGAUCUACGUUGGCCAUAAGUCCUGUCCCCCCAAUGAGGCUUAUAUCCCGCCCAAGUUUUGCGAUAACAGGAUUGUGUCCUCUAAGUAUACAGUUUGGAAUUUUCUACCAAAGAAUCUGUUUGAACAAUUUCGAAGAAUUGCCAAUUUUUACUUCCUUAUCAUCUUCCUGGUACAGGUGAUAGUGGACACCCCCACCAGCCCAGUCACCAGUGGCCUACCUUUAUUUUUUGUCAUCACAGUAACUGCUGUCAAACAGGGAUAUGAGGACUGGCUGCGGCACAAGGCUGACCGGGAGGUGAAUGAGUACCGGGUGUCUGUACUAGAGGAUGGCCGGAGGAUACGGAAAAUGAGUGCUAAAAUUAAGGUUGGAGAUAUUGUGGAAGUAGAAGAAGACGAGACCUUUCCCUGUGAUCUAAUACUGCUGCAGUCCAGCCGAGAUGAUGGCACAUGUUUUGUUACCACAGCAAGUCUGGAUGGAGAGUCCAACCAUAAAACACACUACACAGUGGCAGACCUAGAGAGUGAUCUGCAGUAUCUCAGUUCCACCAUUGAGUGUGAACAGCCUCAGCCUGACCUUUACAAAUUUGUCGGCCGUAUGCACAUUUACAGAAACAGUCAGGAGCCGGAUGUGAGAUCUUUAGGCCCAGAAAACCUACUGCUGAAAGGAGCAAAUUUGAAGAACACUCAGAAGAUAUGUGGCGUCGCAGUUUACACUGGAAUGGAGACAAAAAUGGCCCUCAACUACCAGGGAAAAUCACAAAAACGGUCUGCUGUGGAGAAGUCUAUCAACGCCUUCCUUCUGGUUUACCUUUUCAUCCUGGUGAGCAAAGCUCUUGUGUGCACCACACUUAAGUAUGUGUGGCAGGGCAAACACGAUGAGCCGUGGUACAACGAGAAAACGCAGAAGGAGAAGGACACUAAUCAGUACCUAAAAAUGUUCACAGACUUCCUGUCCUUCAUGGUGCUCUUCAACUUCAUAAUUCCGGUGUCCAUGUACGUCACAGUUGAGAUGCAAAAGUUCUUGGGGUCCUUUUUCAUUACAUGGGACAAAGAUUUCUUCGACCCUGAAAUUCAAGAGGGGGCGCUGGUCAACACAUCAGACCUUAAUGAGGAGUUGGGACAGGUGGAGUACAUCUUCACAGACAAGACUGGCACUCUCACUCAGAACAACAUGGAGUUCAUAGAGUGCUGCAUCGACGGCUUCCAGUACAAGCAUGGGGACGGGAGCUCAGAGUUGGAUGGGUUUUGCGUCACAGAUGGACCUGUAAACAAAAUCCAGCAGAAAGCUGGCAGGGAGAGGGAGGAGCUUUUCCUUCGUGCCCUCUGUCUGUGCCACACUGUCCAGAUAAAGGAGUCUACAAUGCACAGACAAGACCAGAUUGACCAGAUUGACCAGAUAGGCCAGAUUGACCAGGUCGAUGGCUUAGGGGUCGAUCACGAGUUUCUGCAUCCGCCACAGAAGGAAAUGGGCUUCAUAGCUUCUUCGCCCGAUGAGAUUGCUCUGGUUAAGGGAGCCAUGAGGUAUGGCUUCACGUUUCUGGGCCUUGAAAGUAAAAACAUGAAAAUUCUUAACAGGAAUAAAGAUGUUGAAACGUAUGAACUACUUCAUGUGUUAAACUUUGACCCUGUGAGAAGGCGGAUGAGUGUAAUGGUCAGAUCCAAAACAGGUGACAUAUUGCUUUUCUGUAAGGGGGCAGAUUCUUCUAUGUUCCCUCAAGUCAGACAGGAGGAGGUGGAGAGGAUACGCAUGCAUGUGGAACGCAACGCAACCGAGGGCUAUCGCACAUUGUGUGUAGCCUACAAACAUCUCAACGCACAGGAGUACGCCAGGGCAGAUGCAGACUUGAGAGAAGCUAGACUGGCUCUCCAGGACAGAGAGGAGAAGCUUAUGGCUGUUUACAACCGAGUGGAGACUGAUAUGAUUUUAAUAGGAGCUACUGCUGUGGAAGAUCAGCUUCAGGACGAGGCAGCACAGACCAUGGAAGCUCUGCAGGGAGCAGGCAUGAAGGUCUGGGUUCUGACGGGGGACAAGAUGGAGACGGCCAAGUCCACCUGCUAUGCUUGUGGAUUGUUUAAGAAGAAUACAGAACUGCUGGAGCUAACGCUGCGCACUCUUGAGGAUGGAGGAAGGAGUCGGGAGGAAAGGCUGCAUGAUCUGUUACUUGAGUACCAUAAGAAAGCUGUUCAAGAUGCCCCACCUGUGAAAUUAGGAAUUACUAGGAGUUGGUCUGUAGCCGGACAUGAUUACGGUUUCAUCAUCGAUGGAGCUUCUUUGUCGAUGGUUCUCAGCUCUUCCUCUGAACCAAACUCCAGAAGAUACAAGAACCUGUUUCUGCAGAUCUGUCAGAACUGCACGGCUGUUCUCUGCUGCCGCAUGGCCCCUCUGCAGAAGGCUCAGAUUGUUAAACUGGUGAAGAACUCCAAAGGCAACCCAAUUACUCUUUCCGUUGGUGAUGGAGCAAAUGAUGUUAGCAUGAUCUUGGAAGCUCAUGUUGGCAUUGGUAUUAAGGGUAAAGAGGGUCGGCAGGCAGUAAAGAACAGUGAUUACGCUAUCCCCAAACUCAAACACCUCAAGAAACUUUUGUUGGCUCAUGGACAUCUUUACUACGUUCGCAUUGCACACCUAGUGCAGUACUUCUUUUACAAGAAUCUUUGCUUCAUCUUACCUCAGUUUCUGUACCAGUUCUUCUGUGGAUAUUCCCAGCAACCCCUGUACGAUGCAGCCUAUCUGACGAUGUACAACAUCUGCUUCACCUCUAUGCCCAUCCUGGCUUACAGCCUUUUGGAGCAGCACAUUUGCAUUGAGGUUCUUUUGGAACACUCCACCCUCUACAGAAACAUUGCUAAGAAUGCAAUGUUGCGGUGGAAACUAUUCCUUUAUUGGACUGCGCUUGGAAUCUUCCAUGGAUUAGUCUUCUUCUUUGGUGUUCGGUUUUUGUUCAGUAACCCAGCUCUGCAGGACAACGGCCAGGUUUUUGGAAACUGGUCAUAUGGAACCAUUGUGUUCACUGUCCUCGUCUUCACUGUAACGCUAAAGCUGGCUCUGGACACACGGCAUUGGACAUGGAUCAACCACUUUGUAAUAUGGGGCUCCCUGGCUUUUUAUGUGUUUUUCAGCUUCUUCUGGGGAGGAAUCAUAUGCAGGCCUUUCCUGAAGCACCAGCGUUUGUACUUUGUGUUUGCCAACAUGCUGAGCUCUGUGUCAGCGUGGCUCGUCAUCAUCUUGCUCAUCCUCCUCAGUCUACUGCCAGAGAUCCUGCUUGUGGUGCUCCGCAAGCCCCGUGGACCCCACGCUCGACAGAAAAAGUCGAGUGCGGGGGACCCCCAGUCUCCCCAGUCUUCAGCCAGGCCCCUGCUCACGAGAACCUUUUCAGAUGAAUCCAAUACUGUCAUUUAAACAGAUCGCUGCUGUCACACCACUUUCCUACAAGCACCUGAAGGAGCGCGAGUAAAAGGCAGCCUGGACACGGCACUGAAAUCCUCCUCAUUUUGAUUUUCUUUCGUAGCGAAAGCAACUUCAAAGGGUGGAGAAAUAUUAAAAGAUGAAACAAGAGAUCAAGAUGAAGAAGAUGAAAAACAUCAUAGAAAUGUAAAGACUUGGGGGAGAAGUUGGAAUUGUUUUUGAAGUCUUUUGACUUCUGUUCCUUUUUUUUGUUUGUUUUUGCCCAGUCACGUUGCCCAGCGCAUGCCUGCAGAGCAGUGCUCUUCUAUAUUUUAUAAAAAUAACUCCGGUGAUGGGCAUGAGUCUUCUUGCUUUUACUUUUUUGAUAUUUGCUUACAAAUAAGCGCUGCCUUGCCAGUAGCUAAGUACAACUACUUUGAUCCAUUAAGCAGUUGUAAUAUCCACUCCAAGAAUGGUACAUCUGCAUGAAGGCUAAAGAAAAAACACUUCUCUGAUAUUUAGUCACUGUGUUUUGCAAAUCUUAUUUAAACUUAAUCGCUGCACUUGUAUUUUUGCAAUAUUUCUUUCCUUUUCUUUAGUUAUUUUCAUAUUUAAUUAAAUAUUCACACCUUCCAAUCCAAAUCAUUCCAGGUAAAACAUUACUAAAUGUGAUAUCAGUGCAGCUGAAAGCAGCACACAGACUGUUAGUGUAGUUUUAGCUUAUUUCUUUGUUUUUGUGGAUAAAGAGGAGUUUCAAAUGAUAAUUUAUAAGAAAGGUCAAAUAUUAUUACUCAGCCCAAAAAAGUGUGUUUGUGUGAGAUUGAGCAAUAGAUUUAAGACUCAAAGCACGCUCCAGCAAUGAAACGUUACUUGGCGCGUGAGCUGAAAUCUUCUAGCCUCAAAGAUAAUUUAAUAGGUUCUAGUAGGAGACAGGAAAAUUAAUACAUGUGCUGUAAGGUACAUAGCUUAGACAUGUAUGUUAACAUCUGCUCAAAGCCAAAAUGAUGAACGUAGUGCAAUCAGGUUGGGCCUUUAUGGUGACAGGCCUCUGUGCAUAUCGUGUGUUUGUGUUGUACAGAAGGUCAUACAUGUGUUGGAUGAGAAUAGCCACAAAUGCCUGUGUGUAAAGAAGCACAGGUGUACUUGAACUUCGUUGAUUCGGGUCAGUUUGACAUUUUCUGCACUAUUAGGGAAACUGGUUUCUUUGUUAUGAAUCUGGUCAUGUUAGUUAUAAUCGAAUCACAUGCAUACGGUAUCUGUUAGAUAAGGAAAUGUCACAUAGCCAAUAAUCAUCCCACACUGUACACAAAAAUAAGAUAUUUAUAAUCAUUAUUGUUUAUAUUUUGUCUCCUUGGAUGAGUUUCGGUUUGAAAGUGUUUGAGUAGAAUCAGCACAGCUUAAAGUCACUGUGAGGUGCUGAUAGCGUGAACUGUUCACAUUUCCUCCUUUAACUUUUAAUCUGUGGUUCUUUAUACAUUCCAUCCAAACACAACAUGAUUUCAGACACUUUGAUACUCUUUUUGUAAUAUCUUUUACUUUCUCUCGUUAUCAUAUUAAAUCUACUUGCCAUAUUUAUUAUUAAGUGUAAUCUUUCUCACUGAGGUUAUAUUUUUAUUACAUGUAUCUUUUUAUUAUUCAGAGAAUGUUAAGCUUUGUACCAGUGGAGCUCAUGUGUUGUUGUCCGGCUCUAACUCGAGACAAUAUCAGUCCCAUUCAGUAGUCUGUGUUGUGUCUGUAAAGACCAGGCAGCCCCUUCCCAAUACACUCCCCAGCUCCCCAAUUCAAUAUCCAAUUCUGUUCAUCUUCCUAUGUAAAGUACAGUCCUGGCUAUAGGUUUACAUACGCUCACUGUGGGCUUAAUGUGAUGUUAGUUUGAAGCUUUAUAGACAGUGGUGGGACUUGUAUAGGAUAUUUUUAAUUACAUUGGAUAUAUAUAUGGAUAUUUUGUGGCACUACUGUAAUAGCGAUAAGCAUUAUGAUUAAAAUAAAAAACCAUUUAUUAUGUUUUUCUUUUUGGUUAACUCUCAUCAUAUGUCCUUCUUUAAGAUUAAUUCUUGGAUUUUCAAUGGGACUGAAGUGAGGCUCAUUCAGGAUGUUUGUAGUUAAACUUCCAGAACUAGUUUUGGCAUGUUUGGGGUCAAUUCAAGAUAAAUGAUCAUGCGUAUUUAUGUUACCCAUCACAAAACAUUGACAGGACGAAUCUGUUAUUUUUUAUGUUUGUUUAUAUGCAUAUUGUUGCAUAUAUAUAUGUACAAAAUAUUAGUUUCCUUUACCUUGUUGAAUGCAAAAAUAAAUCAAUAAUUGAAAUAAGAGAAGGGACAGUGCAAGACAACGAAGAAUAGCAGCAGAGACUAUGCUAAAAAAAAAAAAAG